AUGGAGCAACAAGGGUCACCAGCUUCCCAAUUCUUCCAGUCUCCAGCCGACUCUCUCAUGUCAGCUCCCGAAGACGCCUACACAUCACUCUUCUCCGCUACCACCCCUAGCGCAGCCUCAACAGUGAACCCCAUGGACAUGUUGACACCAAAGUCAUACAACGAUGACUCUCUACUACCAAUGAUCAAGCAGGAGGAGGGCGUUGUAUCAACACCAUCCCCUUCUCCAGCCCCUGAGAAGAAGACAACCAAGAAGAGAAAGUCAUGGGGCCAAGUCCUUCCCGAGCCCAAGACAAACCUCCCUCCUAGAAAGCGAGCAAAGACCGCUGAUGAAAAGGAGCAACGCCGAGUUGAGCGCGUUCUACGGAACCGUCGCGCGGCUCAGUCCUCCCGUGAACGCAAGAGGCAGGAGGUUGAGCAGCUCGAGAAGAGGAACAAGGACCUCGAGGCUGCCAUUCAACAGGCUGAGCAGAUGAACGCCAGGCUCAUGGAUGAGCUUGCACAGAUGCGAAAGGCCAGUGGUCUUCCCCCUCUGUCCCAGGAGCUCUUCAGCCCCCAAACCACACACCAGCCAGCGGAGACCAUGGUAUCUCCCAACGCCACUGUCGACCCAAUGGCACUAUCCCCCUGUCUAUCACCCGUCCCCGAAGAAUCUGAAGAGACCCUCCAUCAGGAGCCGGCCAACGAGACAACCCUGGAACAGUCUGAAAACACCUCUCCCGACCUGACACAACGUCCUGCUGCGAUGUUGUCCGACCUGCAGUGUCACAUGUCGGCGGAGGUGUCGAAGAUGUUCCUGUCCCAGUCACCCACAACCUUGACUCAGCCAACAUUGGCCUGGCUCCUGCCACUUCAGAUGACACUCUUUUCAGCUGUGGCGGUUCUGAAUUUCUGUCAACGUCCCUUGACACAGAUCGCUAUCUCAUUGAAAACGGGCAUCUCUCUUCACCCUUCUCCUCAGCUACUGACGAGCCUUAUCUGGACUUUGACACGUCUUCGUUCACCCUCGACAACAGCUUCAACGACGAAUUGUACAACACCUUCAUCAACGACACGGACAACGGCAUCUCGGUGGAGCUCCAGAAGCCGACCGACGACGCCGCUGCGAUCCUCAGCGACGAGUUCCGCAUCUACGAACUUGAGAAUCAAGUCUCUUCGGAAAAUCCUAUCCAGCAGCCCCUCCCUGGCGCGUCCUCUCAUGGAUGCGACGUUGGUGGCAUUGCGGUUGGUGUCUGAGGGAUGCGAUUCCAGGGUCGAGGAUGCGGAGCGCGAGACUGAGGAUUCGCGCGGCCAAGACGAGUUGGUAAGGUGCUUAUCCGAGAUUACUUUGCCGUCGCGUGAACUGUUGGUGACACUCCUCUGGGCACUUCGCUUAGAGGAGGCCCGAAUUCAGCGUGAAGCUGGCGAGGUUCUCGACCCUGAGACUCGCUCCCCACUACGUGUACAUCAACCGAGCAAGAAGGCUGCUUUGUCAGUGAUAUUGGAGGAAGAGAACAAUCGGGUACAGACAUUAUGA